GUGGUCGCCACGAUUCGCGAUGCGCAGAUUCGCUGUCCAGGCGAAGUAGUCCGGUGCCUCCGGCAAUCUAUUUAUGAUCGGCUGUUCCGAAUGAAUGUUUUCCUUCCGCCCCUGGUUUUGCGGCCGCAAAACCAUCUCCUCCGGUAACUUUGUGCACGGUCACUACGGAAGGAGGGAAAAUGGAAGAUCAAGGCCAUGUUGCGCCAAGGUCUAUAGCGUCACUGCGGAUCCAUCAGGCCCACGGCGACGGCCCUGGUGAGGAAGACAGAACAGCAGAGGAUGUUUCGAGGUUUCAAUGAAUACAUAUAUACAUCUUUCACUGGGGCGAACCACAGCGUCUUGAGCCGGCAGACGGACACAUAUCGCCCCGACUUCUCCAUAGGGCCUUCCACGAAUCCUUGGCGCUCCGACGCAUCUGCGACUCCCGACCCUUGGGCAUCGAAUUACCCCGAAUGACUGGCGGGUUUCCGCCUCUGGUCCUACGAGGCACGCCGCGGAGAACAUCGCUGCCGACUCGGACCGGAAAAG